AUUGAGAGAUUGGCGAAGGAUUACCGUAUAAUGAGGCAGAGGGUCCAUGCGAUUCUCUGGUUGAAGGAGCUUGAGGAGGAAGAGGAGAAAAAGCUUGGUCACCCGUUGGAUGAUUCUGUUGAGCUUUUGCUUGAUGCUUGCCCUGAGUUCUUCAAAUCCCAUGAUAUGGAAUUCCAUGUUGCUUCCCUUCCUUACAAACCUGAUUUCAAGGUCAUGCCUGAGGGCUGGGACGGCACUGCCAAAGAUCCCGAUGAAGUUCAUUAUGAGAUAUCUAUGAAGGAAGAUGAAAUGUUAUAUCAGGAAUUUGUGCAGAAGUUGAACUUCAAUAAGAAAAAGGUGGCUGGGGAGGUUAAAUGCCACAAAUACAGCAGGAGACGCCCUUCCGAAGGCUGGAACUUCACUGUUGAGAAACUGGGUCCACGAGGGAAACGAGGAGGUGGAGGUGGUUGGAAAUUUGUGAGCUUACCAGAUGGAUCUAGCCGACCAUUGAAUGAAAUGGAAAAAAUGUAUGUGAAGAGGGAAACUGUACGUCGCCGCCGUAAGAUCCUUCCUUGAUGAACUUUUCUCCCUUUAAACAGAUGGGGUUAUGAAGUUGAUGAGACGAGAUUCUUUUAUUUCUUACAUCAUGAGUUUAUUUCAUUUCCACAUCUAUUCAUACCCUAUUGUACAAACGAAAGAUGGCCAAGGAUGUGUUUCCACCAUCUUUAUCGCUCUACCCUCGCAGCCUCUUCCUCAGAAGGUGCCCCUGGCUACAACAUUUAAUUUAAUGUUAUUUGAAUCCUUGUUCAAACAGCAGUUAUGUUUGGGAAUUUUGAGCAUGACAUUCAUUAAUACCCAAAAUUUUGCAACCUGCUAGAUCCAUUGACAGGUUUGGUGCUAACAAACAUGGAUGGCUUCCAGUCCAAGCGUGUGGAGUGAUCCAUAAGGGCUGCCUCAAAAGCCAUUGGAUGGGCUACUUCUUAUUUUCACAGGGAACACAGCAGAAGGAAAAAUGCGUCUUGUCCACAUAUUGCUGUUGAUCGGAUCAGUAUCAGGAUAAUUGCCCAGAUUGUAUCGCCAUCUAUCAUGGGUGAUCCCGUAUCAGUGGAUUGGUACAAACCAAGUUUGCAUCCUAUUACCAGUAAGAGAUGGAGGAAUCAUAAGGGUUCAAGGAGAUUUCUGCAAUGAAGAGAAAACAUGAAAGAAGAACAUCUGGGCAUGCUUUCCUUGACAAUGAGAAGUGGCAGCAGAAGAGGUGGCCACAGAUUAUCUGGUCUUAGUAGAUGCUCUUUUCUUGAAAUAUUCUUGGUUGAUUAUUACAUAAUAAAUAUUAGGUAGGAAUGGAAGAACAAGCAAGUAAGAAUCCUUUCACCAAUAGGGAAAACAUAUUCAUGGAGAUAGAAAUACAAGACAGUCCAAAGAAGAAACUCACACCUAGUGGCAGAGGAGGAGAAGGAGCUUUCAAGAAGUCGCAACGUGUUGUUUCCCUUGAUGUUUUCCGUGGAUUCACAGUGGCGUUGAUGAUUUUUGUCGAUCACCUCGGUGGAAUCCUUCCGGUGAUUAGUCACUCACCAUGGAACGGUGUAAACCUUGCAGAUUUUGUUGUUCCAUUUUUCUUAUUCAUUGUAGGAGUUGCCAUUGCAUUAAUGUAUAAAAGAUUGCCAAAUAAGUGUGUAGCAACUAAGGCGGCUCUACUUAGGACACUGAAAUUGAUAAUACUAGGCCUUAUACUCCAAGGAGGUUACUUCCAUGGCAUCAAUGAUCUUACUUAUGGUGUUGAUUUUAAAAGAAUCAGAUUUAUGGGUACUUUGCAGAGAAUUGCAAUUGCUUAUAUUUUUACAGCUCUAUGUGAGAUUUGGUUCAAGGGAGAUAGAGAAGUUGACUCAGAAUUGUCAUUGUUGGUGAAAUAUCAAUUCCAUUGGAUUGCUGGUUUUGUGAUUACCGUAAUAUACCUAAGCUUGUUAUAUGGUUUAUAUGUACCAGACUGGGAGUAUCAAAUUCCAAGUGGAGGUUCUUCUUCUUCUUCUUCAUCAUCUGUGACAAAGACAUUCUUAGUAAAGUGUGGUGUAAGAGGCGAUACCGGACCUGCUUGCAAUGCCGUCGGAAUGAUUGAUCGGAAGAUCCUGGGUAUCAAUCAUUUGUAUAUAAGACCAACCUUUGCAAGGACUAAGCAAUGUAGUGUUAAAUCGCCAAGAUAUGGUCCUCUUCCUCCUGAUGCUCCUCCAUGGUGUCAAGCUCCAUUUGAUCCUGAAGGACUCUUAGGUUCCAUUAUGGCCAUUGUUACUUGCUUGAUAGGGCUACAUUAUGGACAUGUAAUUGUACAUUUUAGAGGUCACAAGGAAAGGAUAUUGAAUUGGACGAUCCCUGCAGUUAGUCUUUUAGUCAUUGGUAUUGUCUUAGAUUGUUUGGGAAUUCAUGGUAACAAGAAUCUUUACAGUUUUAGCUACAUGUGUAACACAACAAGUGCCGCAGGUGUUCUCUUCAUCGCGUUUUAUGCUCCGGUUGAUGUGUUCGGGUAUCGGUGGCCAACAAAAGGGUUGGAGUGGAUGGGGAAGCAUGCAUUGAUGAUUUACAUUCUCUUAGGCUGUAAUUUAUUGCCUACUCUUCUGCAAGGAUUCUAUUGGGAAAAUCCUCAAAAUAACUUUUUGAGAUUGAUCGGAAUCAAAACAUGAUUAGGCUCUUUCGUGAAGUUGCUAUACCUAAAAAAUAAAAAACUGGCUAGCGUAGUUGGUGAGGUUGUGGUGUAUGUACUAAGCCCACAUUUACGAGGAGGUCUCGAGUUUAAGUCUCCUAAAUAUUACAUUCUCCUCCCUAUUUCUAUAAUGUACCCAUCUAAAAGAACAAGUUGCUAUAUCUAUAGCC